AUAAAGCUCACUUCAAACUUUUUGUAUCAACAAAGUUUUGCGGGUGCUCCUCUUUGUGAUCUCAGAAGAGUAUGAGUAUUAUGAACGCAGGAAAGUGAGCCAAUAUUUUUAAAAGCUAGUUACUUCAUGUGAAUUUUAUUUAAUGGCUUAACCGCAGUUGUACGCUCAGACGGCAAGUGCAGUGCUUUUUUGAAAUUACUUAUCGGCUGUAUAGUAACACUUUGGGAACUUUGUCUGGUCCUGCCCAGUUACCCGCUAAGUAGCAGAACCACAGUAUACCACGGAGAUGUCACCAGGAAAGUUUCGAAUCGCUCUGCUAAUGUUGCUUGCUUGGAGGACGAUGCUCGCCAUGUCCACCUCAACUCGGGAUAAACCGUUGUUUGCAAAGCCGGCUUGGGUUGAACUAGGACAUGGACCGCCGUCUCCUGUCGAUAACGCUACUCCGUUCACGAAGACUUUCAGCCUUUCUGGCAACGAGCACAUUAACCUGUCUGACUCGCGCGCCUCUUCCAGUGCCCUGCAGGGCUCCCCUCCGAUGUGCUCUGGACCCACGGAAAUCAGGGACACCUUCAAGUACAUAAACACCAUUGUGUCCUGCCUGGUGUUUGUGGUGGGCAUCAUUGGCAACUCCACGCUGCUGAGAAUUAUUUACAAAAAUAAGUGCAUGCGGAACGGACCCAAUAUUUUAAUUGCAAGCCUCGCUUUAGGAGAUCUUUUGCACAUCGUUAUCGACAUUCCCAUCAACGUGUAUAAGCUUCUUGCUGAAGACUGGCCGUUUGGAGUUGAAAUCUGCAAAAUUGUACCGUUUAUUCAAAAAGCUUCUGUCGGAAUAACGGUACUCAGCUUAUGUGCCCUUAGCAUCGACAGGUAUCGGGCUGUGGCAUCUUGGAGUCGUAUAAAAGGAAUCGGUGUUCCCAAAUGGACAGCAAUAGAGAUUACAUUGAUAUGGGUCAUAUCUGUUAUCUUGGCUGUGCCAGAAGCUGUAGGUUUUGAUAUGAUUGCCAUGGAUUAUAAAGGCGAGCAACUAAGAAUAUGCCUUCUUCACCCAGAACAAAAAACACAGUUUAUGCAGUUUUACAAAAUAGUUAAAGACUGGUGGCUAUUCAGCUUCUACUUCUGUAUGCCCCUGGCCUGUACAGCAAUUUUUUACACACUAAUGACAUGUGAGAUGCUCAGAAAGAAAAAUGGAAUGCAGAUUGCAUUAAAUGAUCAUAUAAAACAGCGCCGUGAGGUGGCAAAGACAGUCUUCUGUUUGGUUCUCGUUUUUGUUCUUUGCUGGCUUCCAUUGCAUCUCAGCAGAAUUUUAAAGCUAACCAUUUAUGAUGAAAAAGAUCCUAGCAGAUGUGAUUUGCUGAGCUUUUUUCUUGUAUUGGACUACAUUGGCAUCAACAUGGCAUCCCUGAAUUCCUGUAUCAAUCCAAUUGCAUUAUAUUUGGUCAGUAAAAGAUUCAAAAACUGUUUCAGGUCGUGCUUGUGCUGUUGGUGCCAGUCAAAGGAAAUGCUGUCAUUGGAUGAAAAGCCAUCAUAUAUGAAGUCUAAAAUCAAUGAUCAUGGAUCAGAAAUGAGCAAUUCUCGACUCACAAACAAGUAUACUCCAACUUAAGAUCAUAUGAUCUUUCACAUUCUGCUCUAAGUGGCUGCUGCGGGAUCUGAUAAAGAAAGCAGUCUGCUAAGGCACUUAAGUCUUUUUCUUUUUUAAAAUUCACUUUUCCGUUUAACCAGUGACUUUGAAGAAAUCGCAUCCCAAGUGUUGUUAAGCAAUGAAAGACUUUUUUGUUGAUGAUCAGUUGAGCCAGUCAUGCUAUACCAGGUUUCUGACUGUAAAAUAACUGGAUACGCACAAUAAACAUUUUAUUAUUUUUA